CUCCCAAUAGAUUCAAAAGAAAAAACAGAUAAACAAAGCCGCAAAUGAUGAUUAAUUUCCUGAUGAUUACUUUUACCUUAGGGUCGGUUUAAUGUCUCAUGUUUAUGUAUUGGGUGUUAAACGCAUUUCUACUUUCUUUAGAUUUAGUAAUACUAUUUUAAAAACUAUUGUCACUUCACAAAAAAGUGAAAGUGAUAAUGAUGUUCCUUAUCAACUUUGGAGACAUGAAAAUGGUUAUCUUAUUAAUAAACAAACCAACUUAUAUUUAGAUGUUGAUAGUGAUGUUAGGGUAUUUGAAUUUAGUAUUAUAAGAAAACUUGGUAAACAUAUUGUCCUUUGUCACCAAAAACCUGAUACUAAUGGUGCUAAUCAACAAUGGACUUUGACAAAGGAAGGAUAUAUUGUUCUAAAAAGUCAUCCUAAAUAUGUUAUCAAUGUGAAAGGAACAAAGAUGGUUCACACGUUGUGCUUUCUGAUAGUAAUUCAGUAUCUUUUGCAAGGUGUAAUUUUGCCAAGUGGAAAAUAAUUUCUUUAAACAAGGUCAGAUUGUAAAUAAUAGAAGCUAAAGAUCUUAAAAAGGUUGAUUCAUUCUUUACAGGCGGAAAGUCUGAUCCUUAUGUUUAAGUUUCACUAUGAUAGUCAAGACAUUAUGACUCAAACUAAAUUUAUUGAAAAUACUUUGGAUCCUAUUUGGAGCGAAGUUCAUUAUUUACCAGUAAAAAAUAUUGGGGAUAAAUUCAUUUUGGAUGUAAUAGAUUUUAAUUCGUUUACUAAGGACAAGCCACUCGGUUAUGUUAUUUUUGAAGUUACUAAGGAACGGUUUCACCUAAUGUGUAUGUAUGAAGGAA